UUUUUAGAAAAAUGGGUUUUGAUAGUGAAAGAAUGAGACAAGCGUCAUUGAAGCGUAAAGAAAAGAAAGAAAAACGUAGACAACGCGCACGAAAAGCAUUACAAGCAAAGAUUAAAAAACAACGGUAACGAAAAGCUGCUUUAAGCGAUCAUUGUUAUUUUAACCAAAGUUCAUAUGUAGAGGCUGGUCCUUCAAACGAGCAGAACAUCCCCAAAAACAAGGAAGUUUCUACUCAAACAUUUUCUCCAACAAAAUCUGUAGCUACACAAUCAAUAAUAGAGUUUUUGAAAAGAAGAAUGCAACCACGACCAAAACAACAGCUAAAGACAAGGAAAAACCAGCUUCAACAACCACACGUGGUCGUAAGCCAAAGAAGCAACAAGAACACGAGGAUAAUGAGGAGAGAAUGAUGGAAAUGUUGUUACCGAAAAGAAAUCUAAGGGACGUUCCAGAGGUGGUUCUAAACAAGGUUUAUAUUUUUUUAAAUUUUUGAUUCUCAAAAUUUCGAAAUUUAAUUAGCGUUUAAUUCGCCAAAUUUUUUACUCUUUUUUUGUGUUUUUAAAAAUUAAUUUAAAUAUUACGGUUUUAGUAUUUUCAGAUUUAACGAGCUGGAUACAGAAUUUAUUGACCAACUUAUUGAAAGUAUUUUUGUUCUUCACCGGCGACACUUGAAAUGCUUCUUUGCUUAUUGUUAUACAGCAGCUGCUCUGAUUUUACUUUCUUCAUUGACCUCGUCGAUUUCAGCUUCGCCGAUUCCUCUUUUUCUUCACAUGGCCGAAGUUAAAUGUGUCUUCGAUACCGCAGAAAUGAUCCACAGUCCUCGACAAGAAAGUUCAUUUAAGUAUAUUAAAUUAUUCAACAUUACUACGUUUGGAAAAAAGAAAAAAGAGAGGGGAUUUGAAACUUGGGGUUACAUUAAAAUUCGAGAAAAAUAAAUAUUCACCAACAUUGUUGAAGGCAAUUUUAUUGAGAAACUUUGAUAUCUUAUGGAAUAGAUAUGGCUUUAUAUCCAUGUUUACUGCUUUU